AUGGUUGAUAUCGAGUUUCAUGAAGCUGUAUAUCCAAUUAGAGUAUCUAUUUAUGAAAUACAUAAUCCUGGAAGCGUAAUUCAAAUUUGGGCUCAAGAUUAUUCUAAUAAUCGGUGGUUCAAGUUGUGGGAUGAAUGGUCUCAGAUUGUACCGCCGACAUCAAGAUUAUUUUCUCCACCGCUGUUGCAUCCGUGUAACUUUAAAACCAAAAUGCUCAAACUAGUAUUUAAGGACAGUUUACCGUUCUCUUACACAAUGCUAGAUGCCGUGAUGCUCAUCGGUACAUCAGAAUUGAUCUUUUCGAAUCUUAACGAGAGCUUAACUAAUAUGUUAAAAAGAAUUAACUGUACGUACUCUUUAUGCCAUGACGAUGUUCAUAAUUUAACAGCAGAUGUAAAAAGUGCACACUUGGAUAUAGUUUAUCUGCAAGAAAAUUUUCCUAAAUAUUGUAUUAUUUGGAGAAGCGAUACUUGUAAGAGUGUAUUAAAGCAUAAAAAGGCAUCUCAGGAGAUAAUACCUUAUGUGCAACUUAAUGGAGAGAAGAACUCGCGUCAUAUUUUAUUAAAAAGUGAUUCAAAUUGGACAAAGCAAAUGAAACUCUCUUCAGAUAAAUCCAAGGAGCUUUGCAGUUUGUCUACCCUUCCUGAUGAAAUACUACUAAAGAUAUUUAAAAAUUUGGAUUUGAUGACGUUAUGCCGCGUGAGUGAAGUAAAUCGGUACUUCAAUAAUUUAAUACGGGAUCCUGAACUUUAUACACGUUUGAAUAUGCGAAGUGGAUUCCUGCAACGUCCCGUACGUCCUUGUAGAUACAUGUGCGAUAUGUUUUGUUAUUUUACACCUAGAUGUAAAUAUUUGCGACAGUUAGAUCUUACAGACAGCAACUUUGAUGUUAAGGAUUUAAGUAAGUUUCUUGAUAAUUGCGGCAUGCGUUUAACGCACUUAAGACUCAAGAACUGCUUUGUUGACAAUCAAGCCUUACUUAAAAUUUCAGAGAUAUGCAAAAAUUUGAAAGAGUUGGAUUUAAGUUAUUGUAAUCCAUACAUAGACGACGAAGGAUUUUCGUACCUCGAGAAGCUGAAAAGUUUGGAACGCUUAAACCUUUCUUGUACAAGAAUAACAACUAAACGUCUUUGCAAAAUACUGCAAAAUAAUCAACGGAUGCGUGAGUUACAAUUCGGACGCUUUAUAAAUGAUGCAAUUCUAAUAGAAUUGCGAAAUUCAUGUCGUGAUUUAGAAGUAAUUUUACUGAACACAUAUGACUUUGGGCACAUAAGUUCUAAGGGUAUUAAUGCCCUCACUAACUGUAAGAAUUUACGAAAAGUGGAUCUUUUUCUAGACUACACAAACCCAACUACUGAGAGCUUAUUUAGACUUCUUUCUUCUUGUCAAAACUUGCAAGAGGUUUAUUUGUCAAGAGGUUCUAUGGAUCAAAAUUGGAUGUCUCAAUUUUCUCUCACUGGUCACAAUUUAGAAUUGCUAGCGCAGUGCAAAAACUUGGAAAAGUUGUAUCUUAACCAUGUGAAACUUGAUAUAGGACGUGUCACAAACGUGCUUGAUAGAACACUUUUAGAUUGUCAUAUUGAUGAAACUAAUUCUGCCUUUGGAAAUGCAAUUCGCGUAGAUUUGCCAUCAAUUAUUGGCACUGAUAACCCUGACUGUGAAAUUGAAAUUGAAUAUAAAACAACUCCACAGUCAGAUGCAUUAUACUGGCUAACACCUGCCCAAACUGGUGGUCAUCCCUUUCUGCUGUCUAACAACAAGAAGUUAGAUAGAGUUAAUUGGGACUUCUGGUUUGGUGACGACACUUUUCCUCACCCUAAUUUCCUCACCACCCCGCCUUAUUUGACCGACCAAAUGUCCUCCUUGUGGGAAAAUAAGAGUUUCGGCAUAGUUACAAAAUGGAUCGAUUGGGAUAAUCGUGUUCAUGAUGUACCUUUUCCUGCAGUGACAGCAGACGAUAUGAACCUCUGUUUAUGA